AUGGUUUUUCCUCUUCUUAAUCAUUCAAUUGGUAAAUCACAGUAUAUUCGAUGUUUCCAAAGGAUUCUUCGACGUUCAAUUGACAAUUCACAACCAAUAAUUGAACUUUUCUACGUGACACCACAUCACUGUAUUGAUCAUUGCAUUUUUGUGAGCAAUAAUAAUCCUUCACGUGCUAAAUUAUGUCAUUCAUUUGUGUACGAUUAUUUACAAUAUAGCUGUCGAUUAUACGAUCAUGAUGGUAAACAACCACCAGCUAUUUUACAUCCAGCAAAUGGUUUUGAUUACUUUAAACGUAUAUCUACUGUAAAUCAGUGUUCAGGGCCUGAAUCACCAUUUAAUAUUAUGAAUUUUCAACCAGAUUCUCCAUUAAAUGUCAAUUAUUCGCUCAAAAUAUCAUCGACUGGUACUGAUAGUAACGAUGAAGCUCAAGCAUUACAAAUUUCAACAAGAGAUUUGAAUAAUAUUUUUGAAACUGACCAAAAUUCGCUUACUUCAUCAUUUACUACUACUCCAAUUUCAAAUUUCAUCGUAAGACAAUCCGAAAAUUUUAUGAAUGGAGAUUCUCAAAUGAUGAAUACUCAUAUUAAAAGAACGGUAGAACAACAAAAAUUACUGCAACAAAAUUUUUUCCCAGCAUUUGGAUUUCGUUCACAGCAAUUUGACUCUUCAAAUUCUUACCAAAAAACUGACCCUGGUAAAAAUCCAUUUAUGUGGUGUUAUUUGAAUAACAACUAUUUACCUUCUCAGCAACAACAACCACUUGAUACCUCAUCUGGUUUACAGAAGAAUCAUCCAAAAAUUACUGGCUCUCAGAACGAAGAAAAUAUUGAUGAUAAAACAAACUAUGAUUCAAAAGAAAAUUCUAAUAGUGAAGAAGCACAUAGUAAGACAUCUAAGUGGUACAACGAAUUAAUGAAUAUAAUGGAAAAAGAGCAAAAAGUUAGCUCAAAAGCAUCAGAAAAAAAUGACAUUAAAACAACUGAAAAUGAUUUUUCUAAUCAUAAUAAUUUGCCAAAACCACCCAAAUUGAAUUUGCUACCAAUACCAGAAAUGACUUUUCAAUCCACUGCUAACAAUGAAAAAGCUAAAAAUUCGUCUACCAUUAGCAACACAAAUAGUAUGAAAAAUCUUCAACUACUAAAACCAGGCUCAUUAUCAUAUCCUGAAAUUGAUCUACAAAAUAAAUCAUCAGUCGGAGUUCAUAAUGAUGAACAACAUAUGACUACAAUUGAUGACUUUCCUAAGCCACCUACUUUAUUACCGCUACUAAAUUAUCAGAUUACUACAAUGGAUAAUAGACCCCUAAUUGAUAUGACAAAUACAGAGAAGAAUAUGUGUAAAACAGCUUAUUAUAUCGUUAUUGGAUAUGAAAUUGUCUUGCCAAUAUCAAGCGAUGAAAAUGAUGGACCGAAGAAUGAAAAAUUAAAUUGUUCAUCUCUAAACUACUUUCCUUCACUUAAAAAAUGUGAGAUAUACAACACAUUAGCGGAGCCUCACGGAUCUGGUAGCUUAAUUGAAAACGAUGAUUGCAUCUAUGCUGAAAAAUUUUGCUUAAGAGCAACAUAUAGUGCUUGCCAAGAAGACGAAAUUUUCAUACUUUAUGCGCAAAAAAAAGUAAACGCUGAAGCUAUGUACAGCAAAAAAGCAAGAAGUAUUACUGGAUGCUUAUAUCAUUGCUUAGAUACUAAGAAUUGCAAGUGUGCAGUUUUUGACUCAAACAAACAUCAGUGUCAUUUAUUUGAUUUAAAUAUAAGCAAUUCAUUGGAAUCAGUUAUACCUGCAGGCACUGGUUGGAUAUUAAUUGAAAAUAGCUGCGAAAGUGUUAGACGAAAACCAGUUCAAAAAAAUAAUAUUGCUAGUGAAGAAAUGAUAAAUUUGAAUGAUAUGCAAUGGACGGAAUGGUCGUUAUGUCAAUUUAAACACCGUGGUAGGGCAGUACGUGUUCGAACAAAAAACUGCUCACGCUACUGUCCAGAUAAUCAUUCAAUGCAAGCUGAAUUAUGUUAA